GAAUCUGUUUCCUGUAACACAGCUGAACUCACGUUGCCUGUCAACAUGUCCUACAACUGCUGCUCCAGAAACUUCUCCUCCUGCUCCCUUGGGGGCUACCUGCGCUACCCAGGCUCUUCCUACCCCAGCAACCUGGUCUACAGCACCGACCUCUGCUCUCCCAGCCCCUGCCAGCUGGGCUCCUCUGUCUACAGGGGCUGUCAGGAGGCCUGCCGUGAGCCUGACAGAUGCCAGACGUCCUGUGUGGAGCCCAGUCCCUGCCAGGUGUCCUGCUACCGCCCGAGGACCUCCACGCUCUGCAGUCCCUCCCUGUCAACUUACUCUGGGUCUCUGGGCUGUGGGUCCAGCAGCUUCUCCUCCCAGGGCUGUGGACCCAGUGGCUUCAGACCCCUGGGUUAUGGAGUCUGUGGUUUCCCUUCCCUGGGCUAUGAAUCCAGAUUCCGCCACCCAAUCUUCUCUGCCUCCAGAAGCUGCCAAUCAUCAUGUUACAGGCCGACUUGUGGCUUUGGUUUCUAUAGACCAAUCUGUUGAGGGUCCAGAUCUUUUUGAGUAUUGAGGUAAAAGUCUCUACUUAGUACCAUCAUCAUUUUCAUUUUCCCCAGUUACCACCUUUCUUUUAUUCUUAAGUCAUCAGUUUCUUGCAUUACCAAUUUUUGGCAGGUUCUGAGCUUAGUGAGUAACCCAAAAUUAUGUCCUAAUAUCUGUACUACUGAUAAAAUGUAUGUUAUUGGAUUUUCAUUGAAGAGCAAUUGAAAAUGAAAAUUUUAAUUGAAUAAAUACAUGUAAUCUGGCACCUAAAAAUAUUGUUCAUCUUAUUGUUAUUAUCAUUUGUCUAUGGUUUCUAUAAUCAGAGAUUUGAGUGGGUUCA